GGGAUUAUUAGGACAGCGUACAUGCAGUGGAAGUCGCUGCGGUUUCCGUGGCGGCGCGACGUGUUCCGGGGCAUGGACCUGGAGGGCAACAUGUAUUUUGAGCGGGCGUUCAAUGUGGGGAGCAGGCGGACGCGGCGGCACGUGAUGUACCGCGAGCGGUUCGCGGUGAGCGAGUUCCGCGACGACCGGAUCCCGGUGCAGUGGCAGGCGUGGAUGCGGCACACGCGCAUAGAUGCGCCCACGGCGGAGGAGCUGCUGGCGGACAUUGAGCGGCGGCAGCAGAUGGACAUGAAUGUCAGGAUGCUGCAGGAGCGGGAGCAGCGGGCAAUCGAG